GCAGCCAGUGUAGAUGCAGAGCCUUUUUCACAACAAUAACAUCAACUAAAUUAGCAUCUCUACAUCUCAGAUUUAAGGACUAAACUUUCCGAACCAUCUCAUAAGCCGUGCAUUGGACCGCAACACGCUGACGUUCCCCCUCUGAUUUUGGUUCCAUCUUCUGUUGAUAAUGGGAGCGGAUGGGUUUGCAGAUUUACAAGCCUCCUUUUUGCAGGACCAGAAACAAGAAUCAUGGCUUGCCAGCUAGGCCCCGGAUGGAUUUUGUAGCAAAGACCAAGAAUCUAUAGAUAAUAAAAUACUGGGUAUCUUCUUGAUGCUUGCAUAUAAAAUACGGUGUUAAAAAGCCAGCGUCCGGCUUUGAAGAUUACAUUUGAGUUUUGUUGUCUUUUUGGGGCCAACAUCAGCUAGUGAGCCUGCUAGCUUCACAACCUUGACUGCUUGACGUCUUGCCUUCGUUAGCUUCUUUAGCCGGCUAACGGUAGCUAGCGACGCUUGGCUAGCCAUCCACUGGCCCAAUCAUUGGGAAUAUUACUUUUUUGCAGGAUUUACUAUCGCCGCUGUGUACCCGAAGAGCUUUGUACCACAAAUUCCGUUUGCAGCGCUUGUUCCUGGAUGAAUGUGGGACAAAAUGGAGACCCCGACGAUUGUGUACGAUUUGGAUACCUCUGGGGGCUUAAUGGAGCAAAUCCAAACACUACUAGCACCCCCCAAGUCUGAGGAGGUAGAGAAGAGGAAUCGGAAGUUGGUGAGAGACGUACGGAGAAGCGGCAGGGCCACCAACCACGACACCUGCGAUAGUUGCCGGGAGGGGGGCGACCUGCUAUGCUGUGACCACUGUCCGGCAGCCUUCCACCUCCAGUGCUGCAACCCCCCUCUGAGUGAAGAAAUGCUUCCUCCAGGAGAAUGGAUGUGUCAUCGCUGUAAUGUUAGGAAAAAGAAGCGGGAGCAGAGAUCAGAGCAGACUAACGGCCUUCCAGAGAAGUCCUCGUCCAAACGCUCCACGUCUCCUCCGGUGGAGCUGGAACUCAAUGCUGGCCCGCUGCGCCUCGAUGGCCUGCCUCCAGGGGCCGGAGCAGCAGGUCCCGGUCUACGAGUGGCCCAGGUUCGUCUUCUAGACCGCAGGACCAGCAGCAGGCCCAGCAGCCGGCCUGGGACUCCGACGUCCAACACCUCAUCCACCCCGACCCCCUCAGAGGAGCAGAACGAUGGAGAGGAGGAGGCAGCAGAGCCUGAGGAAGAUGUUCAAGGAGCAGAGCUGGAGGGUGCUACGCUGUCGGCUCCAACUCCUCGCCUUCUCAAGAGGCCCUUUCAGCUCCUCAUAGCAGCAGCCAUGGAGAGAAACCCGACACAGUUUCAGCUGCCCACCGAGCUCACCUGCACCACUGCACUGCCUGGAAGCAGUAAGCGAAGGAGAAAAGAGGAGCUUCUUGGGAAGCCGUUCAGAAGACCUCAGCAUGAACUGGACCCCAACGGUCUGGUCCCGCUACCAGUCAAAGUCUGCUUUUCAUGCAACAGGAGUUGCCGGUUGGCUCCACUGAUCCAGUGUGAUUACUGUCCACUUCUCUUCCACAUGGACUGUCUGGACCCUCCACUCACAGCUUUACCAGCUGGAAAGUGGAUGUGUCCAAACCACGUUGAGAACAUAGUGCUGAAUCAGAGGAGCCUGAGCCUGUCCAGACGCUGUCAGCUCUUUGACCAGUUCCAGGACAGGAUGUCCCAGCAUGCCGUCAAGUUGGACUUCCUCCGUAGAGUCCAUCGGCAGAGCGCUCCCAACAGACGCACUUCUCACCAGCAGAUCACGAGGACCAUAAAGGUACCAGAUGCCAUCAAGUCCCAGUACCAGAAUCCUCCGACCAUGCUGCUUCCUGCAGGGAUGCGGCAGUUAGAGCUGGUUUGCAGUGGUGUCCCUGACCAACAAGCCUCAAAGCACCUCACCACAGAGGCUGAACAGCAGGAGUGGCUUCAAGACGUCAUUGCACUCCAGUGCAGCAUCAUGCGACACCUGUCCAUCAAACAGAGGCCCGGAUCCACUGCAUCAUUAGCAGAUGUGGACUGUGAGCUGAAAAGCAGUGUGAAACCAUGUGUUAGAUCAGAGGACGUUAAAACUCAGGCGUCUGCAGGAAGGACUUCUUCCCCUGAUCCCUGUUCUAACCCCUGCAGUAUGCCAGAAAACUCCCAGGCAGCUUCUGUUUGCAGGGACCCCCCAGCAGAGCUGGGCGCCUGUAAAUGCAGCACAACACCGUGUCAGAACUGUAGGAAACCCAACGGACCUCUGACUGAUCCUCCUAAAGCCAACGGACCCGUAGAUUGUACGACUUCAGACUCCUGCAGGCAGGCGGAGCUGCAGCUGAGACUGAAGCCGGUGGCCUCAGACUCGGCUCCUGCCUCGGGGCUGAUGAACCACAUAGGAACAGAAACGGUUAAAAAGGAGCCUGAGAACGUCUCAGAAGCCUGCGCCCAGAAAAACCGCCCCACUGCCACCAACGUACGGCCCCCCAGCAGCCAGCAGAACCAUCAAAGCCAAACACACCUGCAGGAGGAGUUCAUGAGCAGCAAGGAGAAACCUCCGUACUCCAUCACCAGCAGCUCUCCAUCAGAUGCUCCAUCUAAAGGGAACCAGGAGCUCGACUCCACAAAGCUGGGCUCAUUAUCACCAACUCCAGACAUCAAGGCUGGUCCUGGACUGAUGGACACUCUGCUGCCCAGCACACUCUCCUCUCUAGCUAACUUGUCCACCUGCAUGAAGGACGGAAAGGAAGAUGGAGGGAUUGAACUGGACAAGCUGGAUGCAGAGAUGAUCAAACUGCUGGCCUACCAAAGGAUCCAGCAGCUCUUUCCCCCCAAAGUACCCAGCACUCCACCCCCCCCAGUCUCCAACGCUGCCUGUAAAACCACAUCGCCCUGCCCUGACAGUCAGAAGAAGGUCCAGGCCAGGGCGGUCUUCUAUCCUCUGACAGGAAAAGGUGAAGCUGUCGGCAUGUGCUACAGGACGCUACACAUAGGAUCUGGUGCCGACAUGGACGUGUGCCUUACCAACUAUGGUCACUGCAACUAUAUAUCGGGCAAACACGCCUGUAUUUUCUACGAUGAGAAUACCAAGCAUUACGAGCUGCUGAACUACAGCGAGCACGGCACCACAGUGGACAACGUCCUCUACUCCUGUGACUUCUCUGAGAAGGCCUCACCGUCUACGCCCGGUGGCUUGGUGGCCAAAGUCCAAGGAAUUAUCCGUCGCAGUAAGAAGCGUGAGGAAGGUGAAGGUCCCGGUCCCAUGGUGGGUCUGUUACCAUUGGGUGGGGUGAUGAGCAGCCAUCCUCGGGGGGCCCUGGAGACAUCGUGCAGCUGUAAGGCGAGCAGCUCCAGCCUAAUCGGGGGCAGCGGGGCUGGCUGGGAGGGCACAGCGCUGCUCCACCAUGGCAGCUACAUCAAACUGGGCUGCCUCCAGUUCGUCUUCAGCAUCACCGAGUUUGCCAGUAAGCAGCCCAAAGAGGAGCAGACCGUCCCCGCCCCCACCAUCAGUAGCUCCAACCUCAUCACCACCUCCACCCCUCCACCCAACACUGCCACAGUGAGCAGCCCUUCCAGCCAGGAUGAGGCAGACACUGAAGCUGCACCCCCCCACCAAGUGCCCGUACUUCCCUCCACCUUGGUUCCAUAACCUGCACAGGAGGCCCCUCCCCCCGUGUUUUUGUUUGCACCUUUCAGUCAGGAUGAAGGGAAACGUGACCAGCUGGUUGGUGAACAGGGAGUAGUUUUCUUUUUAAUGCUUUCUAUCUUUGCAUGAACUUGAAGUAAUCUUGACAAUCUCUUCUGUUUGUGAACGACUGACAGUAAUCUUGUGUUCAGACCAUUAGGACGUUGGGCCGACAUUAUUUACUGAGCUCAAUAUUUCUUUUUGCCAGUAUAUAUUAGUUUUGUAUGGUGUAACCUUUAAUAUGUCAGUCAGCCCAUUUAGCACAGACUUUUUUUUUUUUUUUUGUGUAGCAUUGAAAUACAUAUGUUCUAAUUUCUUUUGCUGCUUUUGCACCACAGGUAGCUAUAUAUGUAUGAAAACAUACAUGCUUACACACUAUAUGUACAUAUAUAUUGUAAAUAUAUAUAAUUCAGUGCCUCUCAGUUGGAGAAACAUUGGAUUUCAUGUAGAUUUACCAUCUUUUUUUGGUUUUUAACUGUACAGUCCAUGAAAUUUGUGAUACUGUGUAGAGUACCAGAGGUUUUGUGAUAAAACUUGUUCUUAGUCUGUACUUUCACCUGUAGUCCAUCUGUAAAUACCACCAUGGUUUUAGCACUCAUUUUAACAUCAUGUGCUGCUCUGUAUAUAAGCACUCUGUCUGUAUCUGCUUGUCUGUUAAAACCUGUAAAUACAGAAGAUUUUCUAAUAACA